UUUUCUUUGCAUGUUGUGUUUCGGAUAAUGAAAUAAAAUAAUUUUGAAGUAACCCUGUACAGAUCAAUAAAAGUUGAGUAAUUCAGUUAGAUCACGCAACAUGGCCGAAAAGUUGGAUGACAGUCAAUCCUCAAUAGAAUCUGCAAGUGAACAAGAAGGACCUGUCGAUCAAAUAGGAAAAGGCGUAGAGACUGGACCUGCUGCUAUUGAUAGAGAUGAGUACCUGGCAGCCUACAGAGACUUAGUGUUUGACCGCAUGCAAGUACAGAUGAAAAACAAUAUACUUCAUAAGCGAUUAGCUGAGUAUUAUAAAAAAAGGAAACUCGAACACGUUUUAAAGCCUUACGAAGGUCAAGAUGAUUUAGAAGAAAAAUACCACCAAAAGUUGUUUUCUUAUGAAGAUCUUAAGGAAAAAGAGCAUCGUGAAGUUGCCGAAAUAAAAGCAAAGGUGAAUGCAGUACAAGGGCAAUAUAUGGAACAAUUACAAAAGGCGGAUAAGAAAUUUCAUGAUCUUCAGACUCACGAAAGGAAUACUGGAACCGGACUUAUUUAUUCUAAAAAGGGGAAACCAAUAUCAGACAAGACCGUAGCAAGAUUCCUACACGUGCAAAGGCGCAAGACUGAACAAGCUUCAUCGAUGCAUUUAAAAUACUUACGAGUAAGAAAUGCAGUAGCUGAGUUAGAGAGCAUUGUUAAAAAGCUAGAAAGAAUCGCUCCUGGACUCUAUGUCGCACACUACGAACAACUUCGAGUAGAUCAUAUCAAUUAUAGUAACAAACUAGAAGAGCGCGAUGAUGAACUUAUUAAGAACAGAAUGAAGUGUACAGAGCACAACCAAAUAUUGGCUCACAUUAGAGAGAAGAUGCAUCACACGGAUGAGAUUAUUGACAUAACUGAAUGCGACCUUGGUGAUGCUGAAAUUGAGUACCAGAGAGCCAGAGAAGAUCUUAGUACCGUCAAGAGUCGCCGCGAUAAACUUCGCUGGUCUUUGGAAGCGGAGCGUAUGAAAGCUGGUUUGCUCACAAGAAAGGACUUACUUCGCGACUUCCAAGACGCUGUUGAUCAGUUGGCGAAAUUAAAGGAGAAGAAGAAAAGUCUUGAGCUGUCCAUAUCGAAAACAUGUAUGGAACUGCGUAACGCACGUAAAAGCGAAAAAAGGGAAGACAGUGAUUAUAGUGAUGAAUCUAAUUCUAUUAAUUAGUUAUUUAAUACAUAAAUUAAUAUUUUAAUACACAUUAUCCGACGACGCUCAUGUAACAUGUGGGAAAAUACUUCAAUUACGUAUUUUUAAAUUCUAUAUUUUGUACUACUAGUAUGUAAAUGGUUUAGAUAAUUUGUAAUUUAUAAUCCAAUAGGAGCUGAAUUCAGCGGUAAGUUGCCAAUAACGCCAGUGCAGCGACAACCAACUCGACGGCGACUUACUCGUUUUAUUAUUUACACUUUUUUCUUUUACAAACUUAUUACUCAAAUAAAUUUAUUUUGCAUUGCAUCACGGAAUGGUGUUCGAAGAAUUUGAUACCUUACUGUGUAAUUACUUACAUUUUGAGUAAAACUUAAUAAAGGCUUUUUUUUUAUACUUGAU